CACGCUAAUAUGACGAGUGACUUGACUGCUAGAUUUUAUUUUCUGAUACAUUAUGAGAUUGCGAUCGUCCAUUCGCAGAGCGAGUAAGACUUUUAAAUGUGUACAGAAAGGUAACGACGUCAAAUCGAAACCUUAUGUUACCAGUGUUAAUGUUUCUGGAAAGAUCAAACAUAACAUCUGUGAACCUAGUCCAACAAUUCCUAAAACUCCAUUGAUCUGUAAAGAUGUAUCGAGAAGUAGACGGAUUAAUAAAGGAAAGCAAACUCCGAUUAUUCCAGAAGACCCCUAUCUUUUUAUAGACAAUGAUAGUGAUGAUAAUAAAGAGAACAUUAUUCCUGACAGUUCAAAAGAUGUAACCAGAAAGCACACUAGAAAAACGCGCUCAAAUGUUAAGGUAAAGGUGGCCAACCCCAAGCAAUCAAAGUCAAAGCAGUGGCCUGCAUCAACACCAUUCACAAAACAAUAUAUCCCUUCAGGAAAAUCUAAUGACGCUAGAUACGAAGGCGCUCUACAUGCAAACAUACCUGAAUCGAUCGUGACAGCUGUUCCACUUGUAUCAAAGUCAGUGAAUCCUAUGUCUGCUCCAAUUUUCCCUGAAUCCAACCAGCUAAUUAGUCCAGGGAGUUUGACAACCUCUUGUUCAAUCACAAAAGAGGCUUCUCCUUAUGCUGAAAGUAAAACGGUUCCUCUCAAUUUUCAUGAAAAGGUUUGUGAUUCCUGUCAGGCUACUAGUAGCGUCUCAAACACUCCUGAAUGUAGGAAAUGUAUUUCUAUACAUAAUCUAGAAGAAUCUAUCCCACGAUAUUCCAAAACAACACUGACUUCUUUAAAUCCACAAAUUGCCUCAACUCCAGCAAUGUCGAAUGCUAACACCGAGUUACAGACUAUGGGAUGUCAUCCACUUAUUCCAACUCCGAUAAAUUAUACCUCAAUUAAAAGAAACGAAAAUAGUCACGAUGAUUCCAGUCAAGUUUUGGAAAGCCAUUUACCAAAUAACUCAUCUUCCUCUUCUAAUCCACACUCCGGUACGACAAAUAACAAAAGCUCCUCUCAAGAUUUGAGCAAAGAAUCUACUUCUAGCAGCAGUCGGAGACGUAAACAAGCGUCUGAGAGUGAAAGACAGAAAGCGUAUGAUUCAUGGCUAGCUGAAUUUAACAAUGAACUACAGAAGUAUGAAUCAUUUGAAUUAAGUGUGGAAAAUCAGGCCCUAUCAACAGAUGAUCAUUAAAUUGUCAAGCUACACAUCCUCCAUAAAUCUCACAAUCAAAAGCGUCAUUUUAACCAGCCAAUGAAAUGCCCAUUUGUGGACCUGUGAAAGUAGUGGAUUUAGUUCGGCAAUAGCAGUUCUAGUCAGCGUUGUUGUCGGCCUUGUAUGUUUCUCCUGGUGAGGCUGAUUCGAUUUUCAGAGAGAUGUUCGCUGGUGUAUGAUUUUCGAAGCGGAACUCCUGAAACCUUAUUUCAUAACAAGUGACUUAUCGAAAUCCAGAUGAUUUUUACGUAAAGUAUGUAUGUAAAAGGAAAGGUAGCACUCAACGACCAACAAUUCAAGCGACGCGGGGUUUCGUUUCGAAGUAAUUUCUCUAUCCAUAGGUAUUGUCAUGAAUCCUCUAUAUUUGUUCGGCUGAUGGAAGGCUUCUCUACAAUAUCAAGAUCGUC